AUGUCUCAUGAAAUAAAACCACAUUUUGGUUUUGAGUUGUUUGAUAAUCAUACUGAUAUUCAAAGACAGUUAGAGAAAAACACACCUGUAGAUGUCAUUAAAGCGAUGGAAGAUAAUGAAAACAAUCGAAUUAUUAGUUAUGUUCCAUGGUGGACAAUUGUAGAAAUGGCAAAUAAUAUAUUUGGUGAUGAUGGUUGGUCAAAUUAUAUUACUUCAUUCUCUAUAGAUUCAAUAGAAUAUGAAAAUGGUCAGUUUGAGGUUACUUCUUCUGCUCAGGUAAAAAUAGAAUUGAAAGAUGGAACUUCACAUGAGGAUAUUGGUGUUGCAACAUCAUAUGAUAAGGAUCGUGGGGUUGCCUGCCAGAUGUCUAAGAAAAUGGCUAUUGGAGAUGGAAUCAAACGAGCAUUUAGAUUGUUUGGAAAUAAUUUAGGAAAUAACCUUGAAAGAAAAAGAAAUAUUUCAAACAAAGAAAACACCAAAAGUAUUUCAUUAUUAUCCAAGAAAGAGAAUGAGACAAAGCCUAAGCGUACACAACCUACUCCACUAGUAAUAGUUAGACGUAAGAAAUGA